AUGAUCGCUCGGCCAUUCUAUGGUCUCCCAAAGGUGCACAAGGAGGGCGCUGCUCUCCGGCCCAUUGUUUCGCUCAAAGGCACUCCAACGUACGGACUGGCAAAAUGGCUCUUUCGGCGCCUCAAAUUUCUGACGGCUGACUCGGACACCACGGUCUGUUCAUCAACGCAAUUCCUGGAGAAGCUUAAAGGAGUAAGUCUCUUGCCCAAUGAGGUCAUGAUAUCUUUUGAUGUCACGUCCCUCUUUUCUUCUAUCCCCCAGGAUCUGGCAAUCGAGACCGUCCAGCUACUCCUACGAAACAAAUACGAUGAAACUGAGAAUCGUCUCGGACAUGCCCAAGUCCUUCAGCUCCUAAAGUUCUGUCUCAGGACGUACUUCACGUUUGACGGAACAAUCUAA